GCGGCAGGAAAAGUUGCGCCACGGAGGACGCCGACGCCUCGUCUCUCGGGCAGCCGCCGCCGCUCCGCCCGUCCGGGUCCCCGCGCUUCUCCGGGCAGAAAUUCUGCAGAAAACCAAACCAUUAAGCAGUACCACCAGAUGAUAUGAGCACUUCAGGGCAGCGGCUGCUACAAGCGUGAGACGGUGAGACCACAGCAGACCAUGGAAGGGGAUGUGAGCGGGAUCGCUGAGACAAUGUCACUGGGGGAAGGCCAAGAAAGCACGAGGCCUCUCAAGGAGUCACUGGGAACUGAAGAGGGCCCUACUCGUGUGAUCACCAUUGUUUUUAUCGCACUCCUCAUAGACUUGUUGGGUUUCACCCUCAUCCUGCCUCUCCUUCCUUCAAUUCUUGACCAUUACAGCAAUAAUAAUGAUAGUUUCUACAUGACGUUGCAGCACGGGGUGGACUGGUUCAGCGAAGUGGUUCAAGUGCCUUCUGAAAGGAGAUACAACAGUGUCUUAUUUGGAGGUCUGAUUGGCUCCAUAUUUUCCAUCCUUCAGUUCUUCUCCUCUCCACUUACUGGUGCCACGUCUGAUUACUUUGGGAGACGGCCGGUUAUGUUGUUGACUGUGAUUGGUAUGAUAGCAUCAUAUUCCUUGUGGGCCAUUUCCAGGAGCUUUGAGCUAUUCAUAUUCUCCAGAAUUCUUGGUGGAAUAAGCAAAGGGAAUGUCAGCCUCUCCACUGCAAUAAUUGCUGACUUGCAAAGCCCAAAAGCUCGAAGCAAAGGCAUGGCAAUGAUUGGCGUCGCUUUCUCCUUGGGCUUUACCUUUGGGCCUAUGCUUGGAGCAUACCUCUCCAUGGAAAAAGAGAAGGGAGAAAUCUUCUAUGUUCGGUCUGCUAUGUUUGCUGUCAUGUUCGCAGUGAUUGACUUGGCUUUCGUCUUCAUGUUGUUGCCGGAGACACUCCCCAGAGAAAAACGGGUGUCCUCCAUUAUGUCGGGUUUCCAGUCAGCAGCUGGCCUGAUUAGUCCUCGGGCUCUGUUCCAGUUCUCUGCCGUCAGCCAAAAGAUGGAAACCUCUUCGAAAGAGAAUCUCAAGAUCCUAGGCAUGGUGUACUUCCUGUAUCUCUUCCUGUUUUCUGGUCUGGAAUACACCCUGAGUUUCCUUGUCCAUCAACACUUCCAAUUCAGCAGUCUGGAACAAGGGAAGAUGUUUUUCUUCAUUGGAAUUACGAUGGCUGUGAUCCAAGGAGGCUACACUCGCCAAAUUGAGCCAGGAAAUGAAGUGAAGACUGUAAAAAGGGCGAUAAUGCUGUCAGCUCUUGGUUUCCUUUUCGUUGGCUGGAGUUCUAAUACGAUCCUCCUGGGCACAGGGCUGUUGUUUUACUCCUUUGCUGCUGCUACUGUUGUUCCUUGUUUGUCUACGGUGGUGUCUGGCUAUGGGUUAGCCAGCCAAAAGGGAACCGUAAUGGGAAUCUUAAGGAGUCUGGGGGCCCUCGCAAGAGCUUUUGGACCAAUUGUGUCAGCAACAGUAUACUGGCUGGCAGGAGCUGAAGUUUGUUUCACUGUCUGUGCCUUUUCGUUCCUCCUCCCCUUCGUUCUCCUUGGAUACAUUCAAAAGCAAAGGAAAGAGUAAUCAGCAACUCUGGCUACCAUUUUCCAAGAAACAUUGGAAAUCGGGCCCUUAGGUGGCUGGGCUAAGAAACAUUUUGUGGCACCUCUGGCCUUGUGCACACAUUUCGAGAAGCUGAGCCUCCGUGUUAUUUCUGCUGCACUGUGGCAAAGAGCCCUGGAGAGAAACCUCAGCUACUGCCUUUCAGCAAACGAUACCUUUGCCAUAAAAAAUGGUCAGAUACAUUUCCUGUUCUGCAAGAGAGUGCACAGUGGUGGGAAAGGGUUGUUUGCUUUGGCAGAAAGUGUUUAAAGAAGGAAAUGAAACAAUAUAUACAGA